AUGGACUUGGAAGGGUCAGGCGGUGGAUCGCUCUCACCGCCGCUCUCCAUGAACAACAACAACAACAACAACGGAAAAGGAGGAGGAGCCGACACCACCCUUUCAACCGACAACGACGCAAAAGAGAUUCAUCCAAUAAUUCCCCCAUCGAGACCGAUGCACGCGGCGAUGUCGAAUCCAUUCGUCGAUGGUACUGGUGGUGGUGGUAAUGAUAAUGAGUACGUCGCCGCCCCGGGAGCAUCGAUGCAGAACUCCGUAUAUACCACGCGGAGGUUUGCGCAAAGAGCAACAGAUUCCUCGUCAACGAUAAAUCAACAACAACAACAACAACAACAAAACCAGCAGAACGCGGAGAAAGGAGGAGGCAAAAAUACGCAAAACAACAGAGCUAAACCGUCCAUAUCGGCGGCAGAUUCCAACGGUACCCGAGGUAAUACGAACGAUGAGAACACAGACGACGACGAAGAUAACGACAAGGACGGCGAUGGAGACAACGAGGACAAAGCAAAUGAUAAUAACAAUAAGAAGAACAAAGCGAGAACAACGAGAAGUAGCGGUAGUUUGCACUCCGAAGAAGUAGAAGGAGGCGGCGCUCCUAAAGCGGGAAGCUUGAAUGGAACGGAAGAUGCAAACACCGACGGUAGACCUGAAGUAGAAUCUAAAGAGAAGAAAGCAGUAAGACAACAAAGACGGCAACGUCAUGUUGGUAGCACGAAUAAUAAUAAUAACGAAGAUGGAAUGGACACCUCCGAGGAAGCUGCGGCGGUUGUAAACGAAACCGCUCCGCUCCCUCCGACGAGUGAGUACGAAUACAAAGAACCAUGGGAUAUUCCCUCGGCAGAGUUGAUUCCAGCGGCAAGAAGUCUGAAACUCACCGCUGAUGCGUAUCAAAACGAAGGGCGAUUUGAUAACGCCGAGAGAACAUACGGUAUGGCGUUGCGUUUUAUCGAGCACGAGUCUCUCUUCGCCUCGAACCCGGUUGAUGAGAACGUAGAGAAACAAAUAACAGACGCGAAAGGAAGUAAUCCAGAUCCGCAACUCGUUUCAAAGAGUGAACUUACCGUUGUGUGUUUGAUUGAAGCUUCCGUGUGUGCUUUGAAGCGUGGAGAUCCUUCAAGAGCGGGUGACUUAGCCUCGAGGGCGUUAAACAACUCGAAAAAUAAUACUUCGGCUCUAAAAGCGCGAGCGCAGGCUCGCUUAGCCGAAGGCGAUUUCCAAAACGCGCUCGCAGAUUGCGACGAGGCUUUAAAAAUCGAGGAACAAGCGGAUACGAAAGCUGAUUUUGAACUUUUACGGAAAGAAAUUGAAACGCGUUCCGAGCAAUUAUUGCCCAUGCGCGGAAAACAGCAACAGCAUGAGUUUGAUUACGGCAUCCAAAAUGCUGCGGUGGUGCGAAACGCGUUUGCGGCGAAUGAUGCCGCAGGUAACGAGGCACCCGUUGGAAUGAACGCGACGACAGUGCGAACGACAACUUGGCAAGCUGAAGUAGAAGGCGAAUCCGAAGGCGGUAGGAAUACGAUGGAUACGGAACCCGGUGCCGCGUUCGGAGGCAUCGUGCGAGAAAAAAUUACAGAAGGCUACGAUAGAGAUCACGGUCAAACGUUGUUAAACGCAGACGUCGAGAAGAUGAGUAAUCCGAACGGAACAGCAGGUGCAACGACAGAAGUCGGGGAUACGACCGCACAACUAAAUAAAACGCACCUUCCAACGCAACAAACGACAACGCACGAACAACCUUUGCGUUCGCAAGAUGGCGGGAUACAAGGAUCUCUGUUAAUAGGUUCGGUCGGUGGAGGCGGAGGUAAUCGCAGACCUCGGAUGUCGCUAGACAGCGACGAAGUGCAAGCUGUAUUAAUUUCGAAUUCGACCCAGCGAGCGUUAGGCGGCACUUACUCGAUUCAGAAAGACCAUCGUCCGACGGAUGCGCUCGUUGAGAGCUACGAGAGCGACGAAGAAGGCGAAGAAGUUUGCGGGGGUAAAUAA